AUGAGUAACUUUUAUAAUAUAUUUAGGGAAAACAACACUGACAGUGACUCUGACGAAGAAAACUCUCAAGAAGAAAACUCUACUAUUUCUACAUCACAACCAGGAAGAGAAUUAGACGAAUCUGACAUUUUAAAUCAACAAAGAAGAAGGGUCCAACAACCAACUACACAAUUAAAUACAACGCCAGUCAUAGGAUCAAACAACCAAUUUACUAACCAACCUAUUACAAAUAAUCUAGAACAACAACAUUAG